GAUUUUCCAAAGAACACAAUAAACCAUCUGGCAGAACUACUAAAUGCGAUAAUGAACUUGAACAAGUAAAUUGUCAAGAUGUGCCAAGCAAUUCUUUAUUAGGCAUAGAUAGUGAAAUUAACAUAAUCGCCAAAAGUAAAGGUUUGAAGAUAGCCAACUUAAAUGUAAAUAGCUUAAUGAAACAUCUGGAUAAAAUUCGCUUAAUCCUUAACAAUAACGCCCUUGACAUUCUUGCAAUUAAUGAGUCCAAAAUUGAUAAUCAGAUUUCAAAUAAUGAGAUACAUAUUGGUGGUUUUAAUAUAAUUCGUAAAGAUCGAAAUAGGUUUGGUGGAGGUGUGGUUCUAUAUGUUCGCCAAAACAUAUCAUUCUCAGAUAGAAUAGAUCUAAUCCCUGAUGAACUUGAGAUGGUCUGCAUUGAAUUAAGUUUACCCUACAAUAAAUCACUGCUAAUAAGCACAUGGUAUAGACCACCAAAUUCUCUUAUGAAUAUAUUUGAUUACUGGGCAAGCUUUUUAGCAAAAUGUGAUAAUGAAGAUAAGGAGCUAAUCCUCAUAGGAGAUUUAAAUUGUGAUGUCAGUAAAACUAUACCUGACCCUCACACAGGUAAGUUGCAAUUUUUAUGUUCUCUGUAUCAGAUAGACCAACUUAUUAAAGAAUCUACAAGGCUAACUCCUAAAUCAGCUACACUAAUUGAUUUAAUAUUAACAAAUAGACCAGAAAAUAUUUCCAGAUCAGGUGUAAUUCACCUGGGAAUUUCAGAUCACAGCCUUGUCUACGCUGUGAGAAAAUUUACACUACCGAAAGGAAGGCAAAAAAUUCGUCAGGGUCGUAACUUUAAAAACUUUGUCGAAAAUGAUUUCAUUCGGGAUGUGUCUCAAUUGCCUUGGGAGAUGGUCUAUCAGUUUGGAGAUCCCAAUUUAUGUUGGCAAGUCUGGAACUCACUAUUAUUAGAUGCACUUAAUAGACAUGCCCCUCUGCGCCACAAGCGAAUAAGGAAUAACCCUGUCCCAUGGAUUAAUCCUCAAAUUAAAGAACUUAUGAGAAAAAGGGACUAUCACAAAAAAAAGGCCAUAAAAUAUGAUUCGGAGUCACAGUGGGAAUUGUAUAAAACACUACGUAAUGAAGUAAAUAUAAACAUGCGGAAAACAAAAUCUAAGUACUUUUGUGAUAAAAUCCAGGCAAGCUCUCAAAUGGGAGACAGUAAAAGUGGAUGGGCUUGGAUAAAUUCGCUCUUAGGAAGAAAGCAUAAGAAUGCAAAUAUUAAUGAACUUAAAGUAAAUGAUGAUAUUAUUUCUGAUGAUAAAUCUAUUACUGAAACAUUAAAUGAAUAUUUUAUAAAUAUUGGAAUGAAGAUGGCUGCUGAAUCAGCAUGUCAAAGCACUGAUGCUUUAAAUGAUCAAGUAAUUUAUGAAAGUAUUGUGCUUCUUCCUAAAGAAAAUUUUCACUUCGCAGAUAUUACUAUGGAUAUAGUGUUUCCAAACGCCUACAAAAACUAA